AUGUCUGAUACUGUAAUUGUUAAUUUUUCUUCUCCAACAACAAUUUCUGUACAAUCCGUAUCUUCAAAUUCAUCGUCAUCAUCUGAUACAAAUGGCUAUGAAAUAAAAGCUGAUACUGAUUCUGAUUUAUCAUUUGUUUCGAAGAAAAAAUUAAUUCAAUUUCAACCAGCAAAUCAUGAUAUAUUUCAUUCAUCAAAUUUUAAUGGACCAUCAUUUAAACAAAUUAUUCUUGUCUUCAUUACUCUUGUCUCAGUUACAUCAUUAUGUUCAUAUUUGUAUAAGGAUUCAUUAAUUAAUAUUUUACUUAUACUCGAAACAUUACCAUGGUGGUGGACGUUUCUAUUUUUUUGUGUCUUAUUCACGCUUGUUUCUUUACCAUUUGCGUGGGCUUGUGGAUUUUUAUAUGGACUUGUUUAUGGUAUGAUAUUUAUAGUAGUGUAUGUGAGCAUUGGUUUAUCAUUAUCAUUUUAUAUUUGUAAUUAUAUCUUAACACAUAAUUUUCGUAUUAUUAAAAAUUUAAAAACAACAUUUGAAAGUAGUGAAAUUAUUCAAACAAUAAUUAAAGUUCUUAAUAGUGUAGAUGGUUAUAAAAUUAUUUUUCUUAGUCGACUUACACCAAUUCCUCUUGGUUUACAAAACGGAUUUUAUUCAAUAAGUAAUAUUCCAUUUCGCAUUUAUCUUUUUUGGUCAUUAUGUGGUUUAAUACCAACUCAAUUUAUUUAUUGUUUACUUGGCUCACGUCUUCAUUCAAUGACAGAUUUAAUGUUAAUUGAUAAACGAACCAAAACUGUCGGAAUCGUUGUUGGUCUUUGUGAGUGUUUCAUGACACUUGUUUUAACGUAUUAUGUAUUUCACACAGCAAAAAAAGUACUUAAUAAGUUAUUGCUUGAAACAUCAGCAUCAAGUGAAUGUUUGAUUGCUGUUAAACAAUAA